AUGCGUCCUCUCAUCCUCUCUGGUCUCGCCCUCGCGCUACUAUCAGCACCAGCCUAUGCAGCCCCUCUUGCCAUCACGACUGUCAUCAGCAUCCCUCCCUUCAUUCCCUUGUACACUGUCCAGCUCAGCCUCCCCGAUGAGAUCCCCAACCCGCCGAUGCCCACCGAUGCCCCGCAGAAUAAGGCUGGCGCGAACAACCUGGGUCACUCGCUACUCGGCGCCCGCAACGUUGGCUUCCGCCAGGCCGACUACGGCAUCAAUCCCACCGCCGCCUUCGUCGCUCUCGCUCCUAAGGUACCCCAGGUCAAGCAGGCUGUUCCUUCCCCCACCAGCGCUGCCGCUGCCACCGCCAUUCGUUCCAGACGCGCCGAUACCGAUGUGGUCUACCACGAGGAACACUCGUCCAGCCAGCCGUACUCCGACAGCCCUCGAUACUCUGGCGAUCGUGACUACUCUGCCGAAAAGUACUACGCCGACAACGCUUCAUACUCCGGCGUCGAAGACUACUCGAAGGACGCUUCCUACUCCGGUGAGAAGUACUACUCGAAGGACGCUCCCUACACUGGCGACAAGUACUAUUCGAAGGACGCGCUCUACACCGGCGACAAGUACUACUCUAAGGACGCUCCUUACACCGGCGACAAGUACUACUCUAAGGACGCUCCCUACACCAGUGACACGUACUACUCGGAGGACGCUUCCUACUCCGGCAUCGAAGACUACUCGAAGGCCGCUCCCUACUCCGGCGUUGAGUACUACUCGAAGGACGCUACCUACUCCGGCGACAAGUACUACUCGGAUGGUGUUCCCUACUCCGGCGUCGAAUACUACUCGAAGGACGCUCCCUACACCGGCGUUGAAGACUACUCUGAGGCUGUUCCCUACUCUGACGUUGCACCCUACACUGGUGUUGCUCCCUACUCCCGCGAGAAGUACUACUCGAAGGAUGCCCCCUACUCUGGUGUUGAGUACUACUCGAAGAAUGUUCCAUACACUGGCGACAAGUACUACUCGAAGGAAGCUCCCUACACUGGCGACAAGUACUACUCGAAGGAAGCUCCCUACACUGGCGACAAGUACUACUCGAAGGAAGCUCCCUACACUGGCGACAAGUACUACUCGAAGGAAGCUCCCUACACUGGCGACAAGUACUACUCGAAGGAAGCUCCCUACACCGGCGCUGAGUACUACUCGAAGAAUGCUCCCUACACCGGCGUCGAAGGCUACUCUAAGGACGCUCCCUACACCGGCGACAAGUACUACUCUGACGGCGUUCCCUACACCGGCGACAAGUACUACUCUGAUGGCGUUCCAUACUCUGGCGAACAGUCCUUCUCUGGCGAUAAGUACUUCUCGAGGCCCGUCGAAUACACCAGCAACAAGUCUUACUCCGGCGACAAGUACUAUGUUCCGGAGCAGCGCUAUUCUGCUGGAGGGCAAUACUCCGAUGACGAGAUGUACUCGAAGACCAGCGCCUCCUACCAGCCUGAGUCCAAGUUCCCCUCUUCGUAUGCCACCUCUCCCGGUUCCUCCGCCCCCAACGGUGGCCAUGCCGCUUCAUACGUCACUGAGACCCACCAGAACCAGAGGCGCUCGAGCACCCCCGCCGUGGACCCCGUCGCAGCAUCGGACUCCACCGCUAAGGACGCGAGCUCCGGCGUAGGCAAGACCACGACGGCGGUCGCUGCCCCCUUCAUGCUCGCCGGGACCGGGUUCAAGGCGGCAGGCGCGUCGCGCUACACCCUUGGCUACUUCACACACGACUCGCUCGCCAGCGCGUUCAACAGCGACUCCUCCCGUUCCGCCGUCGCUCCUAACUUCACCAGCCAGCAGCGCACCACGAAGCGCACCACCGGGCUCGUCCGCCGCGCGCCGCACUCGCUCGAGCUCAGCACGGACGCGAUACUCCCGAGCCGCCUGCCCUCGGACCUCGACACCUCGGACCCGUACGCGCUGGAGGAGGAAGCCCGUCGCCGCCGCGUCGGGCUCGUCAACAUUGACAGCAACCGCCCGGGUAUCCAUCCCCCGGCGGAGCUUGACGCGACGGACCUGCCGACGGACGAGGCAGAGCAGGAGGCGGAGGACGCAGAGCUCGCUGGGGAGUACGCCGAGGAGGGUGACACGUCCGGAGCAGAGCAGAAGGUGGACCAGGCCGCCGCAGGGGCGAGCGACGUUGGAGCCGACCGGCUCGAGGGGCAGGGUGUUGGCACGGUGCCACAGGGAGAUGGGCAGGGGAGGAGCGCGAAAGGGAAGGGUCAGCUCGGCGGUCCUCAGACCGAGGCUUUGAGGCGGCCGGUGCAGCAGGCGCAGGGGCAUAUAGGGCAAGGACACGGAGGGCAGCACAUUCCGUCUGCGAACAUGCAGGGGCCGGUUCGUGCGUUCCGGCAGGUUCAUCGCCGCACGAUGUAA